AUAUUCUGACGCAAUUUCUUUACCUACCAAACGAAUUAGGAAGAGGAAGUCACGGAGUAGACGAGAUCCAUCGACCGUGGCUGAGACUCUUGCUAAGUGGAAGGCUUAUAAUGAAUGUGUUAAUUCUUGUGAUGAUGGAAGCAAGCCAAUUCGUAAAGCUCCAGCGAAAGGAUCUAAGAAGGGAUGUAUGAAAGGUAAAGGUGGACCCAUGAAUUCAAAUUGUAAAUACAGAGGUGUGAGGCAGAGGACUUGGGGGAAAUGGGUUGCGGAGAUUCGUGAGCCUGAUAGAGGUAGUAGGCUGUGGCUUGGUACUUUCUCUAAUGCCAUUGAAGCUGCUCUCGCCUAUGACGAGGCUGCCAGGACCAUGUAUGGCCAGACUGCUCGUUUGAACCUUCCCAACAUUACAAACACACGGCUGCUAGCAGGCUCUGCCUCGGAUUCUUCAACCACCACGUCGACGACAACCACAUCAUCGAACCAAUCUGAUGUCUGUGUGUCUGAGGAGCUUACACUGACGCCACAACCUGUCCCCCCAGACGUUAAGAUCGAAGGUGAGCCAAGGACCGGGUUCCCAGUUGAUCACGUUGCGACAUCGGCGAUCGAUGCUAAAUUUUGUGACCAAGGCAAUGAUCAGGCAGCUCUGUUGGGGAUUGAAUUUCCCAGUUUGGAUCACUUCCCGAACUUUCAAAUGGAUGAAAUGUUCGAGUUGAGGACUAAUGACAUUGCAAUGCCGGUGAGCUUAGAGAAGAAAGUGAAGCAUGAAAGUGUCGAUGGCGAAUAUCCCGAUCGGAACAGUGAUCCAUUCGACAUCCAGGAUGUGCUGCAGGACUUUCAAAUAGAUGAAAUGUUUGAUGUGGAGGAGCUUCUAAGCAUUAUAAAUAGUGAUUCCAUGCAUGAUCAAAGCUUCUUGCAAGGGAAUGUGUAUGAUUCUAACAACAUGGUGCCUCCCCAACCAUCAAGCUUAUCGAAUCAGUUCCGAUACCCCGACGAGAAGCUGCUCGGAAGCCUUCAACACAUGGAGCAAGCUCCAGCCGACGUCAAUCAUGGGUUCGAUUUCCUGAAGGAGGGGAGGGAGGAGGAUCUGAAUGCUACAACAGAUGAUUUUGCAAGAUACUUGAAUUAUGAGAUGGGUGGUUUGGGUUUCUGAAGGGCAAUCUUGGC